AUGCGAGCACCGUCGACAAGACUCAUUUAUCGAUCAUCACUUACUGCACACCGAGUACAGCUGAAGCCUUCUGCAUCAAAACUCAUAUUUCCAGUCGCUUGUCGACAGCAGUCUACCCGUGCCACACUACCUGGCAGCGGAUCCAGAAACCGCCGUCUUCUCCGGAUAACGACAGCCUCCCUUGGAGCGCUUGGAAUCGUCUACUAUUACAGCGUCGGCACCAUGUCGUCAAAGCUCAUCCCUGACAACCCCGCCGAGGUGAUGGUGAUUCGUAACAUCACUCCAAACGUUGUGACAAUGUCUGUACCGUUCAAAAGAUUCGGGCAUUUUGACAUUGGAGGCAGGGGGACAAUAGUCCGACUCACAUCUGGGUCGCUCGCUGUCUUCUCUCCCGUGGCCUUGACGCCAGAUGUCAAAACCAAAGUGGCCGAGAUGGGUGGUAAGCUGCAGUAUAUAGUAGCCACCGACAUUGAGCACCACAUUUUCGUCUCGGAUUGGAAGAAGGAGUACCCGGAUGCGCACAUCCUGGGUCCCGAAGGACUACCUGAGAAGCGCGCCAAGGUGCACAACGACGAGAGGAUCGGCAAGGAGGCGUUCCACACCGUCUUCACCAAGGCGGAGAAGGGCAAGCAGACGGUGACGCCCGAGUUCGACGCCGAUUUUACGUACGAGUUUGUCGAUGCGCACCCGAACAAGGAGCUCGUGUUCCUGUACCGGCCCGAUCGGGUGCUCAUCCAGGCAGACAUGCUCUUCAAUCUGCCGGCCAUCGAGCAGUACUCGCGGGUGCCCGAGGCGGCCAAGCCCAAGAACGGCCUGCUCAACAGGUUCUUUACGAGCGUGAAUACGACGGCCGGGGAUGCCAUGGGCAUCAAGCGAUUCCUGUGGUACGCCAUAAGCUCCAAGGACCGCGAAGGUUUCAACAAGAGCGUGCAGAGGAUCAACGAGUGGGAUUUCGUCACGAUUGUGCCGUGUCACGGGGAGACGAUUGAGGGCAAUGGGAAGGAGGUAUUUGAGAAGAGGUCCUAUAUGCUUGUUCAUGGCAGGCGGCUCGGCCUGCGUCUUGGCCGUAGCCAUGUAGCCCCAAGCGAUCGAGCGACGGCAAAAUACACGUCCCACAUUCCACGGCGAACGGUGCAUCUCAACCACUUUGUCUUCAAAGUGAUCCGGGCGUUUCUGAUCUUGGCUGUAGGUCAAGCGUCCGAGGCCGAACCACCACCCCAGAGCACCUUCACACUCGCCGUAAAAGACAACAUCGCAACGCAGGCACACCCGACAACAUGCGCCUCCAAUAUCCUCCGCGAAUACACGUCGCCCUAUGAAGCGACCGUCGUUCGGCAGCUGCGCAGCCAGGGCGCGCGCGUCAUCGGCACCACGAACCUCGACGAGUUUGGCAUGGGCACCCACAGCACGCACUCGGCUCACGGCCCCGUCGCCAACCCGGCCGGUCGCUCGGCGGGCGGGAGCUCCGGCGGCAGCGCCGUGGCGGUGGCGGUCGGCGAGGCCGAGGUCGCGCUCGGGACGGACACGGGCGGCAGUGUGCGGCUGCCAGCCGCCUACAACGGCGUCGUCGGGUUCAAGCCCAGCUACGGCAUGCUCUCACGUUACGGCGUCGUGCCUUAUGCCAACAGCCUCGACACCGUGGGGGUCCUAACGCGGUCCGUGGAGAGGAUACGGGACCUGGUGGUGGCGAAGGGGCUGUGGGCGCAACAUGACGACAAGGACCCGACCAGCUUGUCUGUCGCGGCGAGGUUGCGUUGCGCGCGUGGCAGGACCGGAUACGAGGGGCAAGGUGCAAAAGUCAGCUGGGAAAGAUUGACAUUUGGCAUUCCGCUAGAGUAUAACAUCUUGGAGCUCGACGCGUCGAUAAGGGAAGCAUGGGAAGGAGCCGCGGCCUUGCUGCAAAGCCUCGGGGCAAAUGUGGUGCCGGUGUCGUUGCCAACGACGCGCCAUGCUCUAUCGGCGUACUACGUGCUUGCCCCGGCUGAGGCGUCGUCGAAUCUGGCAAAGUAUGACGGCGUACGCUACGGAAACCCUGGUCCAGAGUCGGAAGAGGAGGGCGUCUUGUAUUCGGCUGCUCGUGGCGCCGGAUUCGGCGACGAGGUCAAGCGCAGGAUUCUUUUAGGUGCCUACAGCCUAAGCUCCGAAGCGAUGGACAACUACUUUGUCCAGGCCCAAAAGGUGCGUCGGCUCGUCAGGGGCGAUUUUGACCGAGCUUUCCUGCUCGACAAUCCACUUGUCGACAAGGAGCCCACCGAGGAAGGGUUCGGGGAGGAAGGUGAGCAAGUCGACUUGGCGGAUUUGCACGAGGAUGUGCCCCUUGUCAACAAGCGCGGGCCGGCCGGGGUUGAUUUCAUUCUGUCGCCAACUGCACCGACGCCAGCGCCCACACUGGACGAGGCAUUGGCCCAGACGAGCCUGGACUCGGCCACAAACGAUGUGUUUACUGUGCCGGCCAGUCUAGCCGGGCUGCCUGCCAUUAGUCUACCCGUAGAUGUGAAAGCAGAGACCGAUGAGAGCAGUCGCUUUGGUGGGAUGCAGAUCAUCGGGCAAUACUGGGAUGACGCCAGGUUGCUUAAUGUGGCCAGUGCUCUGAGGAAAGAGUUCGGCCGGGCUGGUAUGGACGAGCAUGCAGCACGGGAUGAGGUGGCUCUCUCCUCUUGUACUUGA